AUGAGUCGAACACGGUCUCAUCGAUUGCAGGGUGCAGCAGAUGUUGAAGAAUGCCCUCAUGAUCCAACAUUGCAGGGUCAUGGCGCUCCCCAAAAGCCCGUGACGGCCGAGGAAGCCUUGGAAAUUGCCAUUGGAGAGAGUCAAGACGUCGAGUAUACUAUUGACUCGGAUAACUCUCCUUACCUGGAGGUCCGCGCCAAUGUGCCAAAUACGGAUGAUCCGACGUUGCCAAUCAACACCUUUCGAAUGUGGUUUUUGGGGAUCGUAUUUACCCUGGUCGGCACGGGCGUGAAUCAAUUCUUCUCCAUGCGCUAUCCCAGUGUUACGAUCACCUCCUUGGUAGCACAGCUUAUCAGCUACCCCGUUGGAUGCUUUUUCGCGAAGGCACUACCUAUCAUGACGAUACGCGUAUUUGGUCGGGAAAUCCCAAUCAACCCCGACCACCAUUUCAACGUCAAGGAACAUGCAGUAAUUACGAUCAUGUCGAAUCUUAGUUUCAAUCAGUCAUGGGCCAGUGCUAUCAUACAGGCACAAAAAGUGUAUCUGGGCAUGCCGACUCCCGUAGGUUACCAAAUCUUGCUAGCUUUGUCCAUGCAGAUGUUCGGGCUUGGCCUUGCGGGACUAUCAUAUAGAUAUAUAAUAGAGCCACCACAUAUGAUUUGGCCUUCUACCUUGGCCAAUGCAGCCUUGUUCCAAACUUUGCACAGUGGCGCAAAUCCUAUAGCCGAUGGCUGGAGAAUUUCCCGAUAUCGGUUCUUCCUGUACGUCUUCAUUGGCAGCUUUUGUUGGUACUGGCUUCCUGGAUAUAUAUUCACUGGGCUGAGUACCUUUGCUUUCAUCUGCUGGGCAGCUCCAAACAACAAAGUGGUGAACAAUUUGUUUGGAAUGACGACGGGUCUCGGAUACAUGCCCACCACAUUUGACUGGAGCCAAAUUGCUUACAACACUUCGCCCUUAACAAUCCCAUUUUGGGCACAGGCAAAUGUCUUUGCUGGUUGGUUUUGCAUUUAUGCGGUCAUUGCGCCGAUCUUGUACUAUACCAAUACCUGGUAUACUGCCUACCUACCUCUGACCGGCUCUGAUGCUUACGACAACACUGGAAAUCUCUACAACUCGACUCGGAUUUUGAAUGAUGAAGGUGCAAUUGAUAGUGCUAAGUAUCGGGAAUACAGCCCCAUUUUCUUACCCAUCACCUUUGCGCUGAGCUAUGGCGUUGGGUUUGCUGUUCUGAGUUGCCUCUUGACUCACGUGGUUCUCCAUCAUACCAAAGACAUUCUCGACACCUUCAGGGGUCAAAACAAGAAGGAUAUACAUGCCCGUUUGCUUUCACGCUAUCCCGACGUUGCAUGGUGGUGGUAUGCGGUCUUGACAGUCAUCGUCGUGGCUGUUGCCAUCAUGGUCCAAUACGUUUGGAACACCGGGCUUCCUUUCUGGGGUCUAUUUAUUACCUUAGCUCUGGCUACACUCUAUGUAAUUCCGGUCGGAACUGUGUAUGCCGUGGCGAACCUCAACGCCAAUGUUCUCACUGUUUUGGGUGAAAUUGUGUCCGGCUAUUUGCUUAAGGGAAAGCCGCUCGUCCUUCUGAUCUUUAAGCUUGGCCUGUACAUGAAAAUACCACGGCGAACACUGUUUGUCGCACAGUUGAUUGCCUGUAUCCUCGGUACUCUGACCCAAAAUGGUGUUCUGCUGUGGAUGCUUGGGCAUGUCACGGACGUAUGCGCAAGCGACCAGCCGAACAAUUUUACUUGCCCUCAAGGUCGAGUCAACUAUAACAGUGCUGUAUUCUGGGGAGCCAUUGGACCCGCACGACUUUACAAUAUUGGGCAGAGGUAUUCCGGACUUCUUAACAUGUUUUGGAUCGGUGCGCUACUACCUAUAAUUACGUUCUUUCUUCGAAAGAAGUAUCCCAAUAAUCGUAUCCUGAACGCGAUCCAUUGGCCAAUUUUCUUUGCUGGGACCGGAAACUUACCACCGGCGACUGGCAUCAACUACUCUACAGCAUUUGUAGUCAGUUUAAUCUUCAACAAGAUCAUCAAAGGCCAUCGACCAAAUUGGUGGGCCAAGUACAAUUAUGUCCUGUCCGCAGCCCUAGACUCUGGUGUCGCUGUCUCUGCUAUUUUGAUUUUCUUUUCAUUGGUACUUCCUGGUGUCAGCCUUAGCUGGUGGGGAAACAAUGUCAAUCGCGGAACGGUUGACAGUAAAGGAACUCCGUGGUUAGAGUUGAAGCUGAACGAGACAUUCGGCGAGAGCACUUGGUCAUGACGACUGUACAAGAGACGGCCAUUACUAUUGAUCCUCAAUAAUCGUGGGAAUGAAUUAGGUGGUUUUCUGAAAUAUCCAUGCGUUUGUUCUAUAUAUGGCAGCCUCAGGCUGUAAUGGGCACGGAAAGACGUAAACCAAUCAGCGUUGGCUUCCCCGUGGGGGUGGUAGACGGAGUUUCUAUUGGUGAAAGACUUUCAUGGACAGAGCGGAUACCACAUGAUUCCACUCUUGGCCUUAUCAAUUGCAAGUCCGCUCCACCACAAA